AUGGCGACGACGAUGAAAGGCCUUCUUAAGGGCCUUCGUUACAUUACUCAGAUUUUUGACGAAGAGAAAGAGCAGGAGAUGCAGAUCGGAUUUCCGACCGAUGUAAAGCAUGUUGCCCACAUCGGCUCCGAUGGUCCAGCCACAAGUACUCCAAGCUGGAUGAAUGACUUCAAACCUCAAGAACAUGAGAAAGGUCAAGUCGUUUCCAGAGGCAAUUCCAACAAAUACAACCCUCAAGGGAUGAACCAAGGAGGAGCAGGGCUAAAAGAACUUCUUCCUCCGAGCACAAACGAGAAACCAAAACAGAAAACAAGGCGGAAACCUAACGGCGGCGGAAAUGCAGCAUCAUCAGACGAACCAACAAAGCAUUCAAGACAUCACAGAAGCACAAACGGGUCGAUGGACUCAUCGAAUGAUCAAGAACCUUCGGUUCGUAGAAGGCGUGGUGGUAUCCCGGUGCCAGACGCGGAAGUCUCUAACCAUAUUCCUGAUGGCUCAGCUCCUCCGAGGAAGGCAACGUCGCGACCGAGGAAACUAAAAGGCUCAUCAGUAGGAGGAGAAGGAUCGAUAAAGAAAUCAUCCAAAGGAAAACCCGAGAAUUCAGUUGAUAUCUCUAACAAUAGUAUCUGA